AACACGUGCAGCUUUGCGUAGACUGGAACUGUUCAGCGCAGUAUUGUAACCAAUUGUGAUUGUGUUGAAAAUGGGAACUGAGAGUAAGGUUAUCAGAUGUAAAGCAGCUGUGGCUUGGGAACCAGGAAAGCCCCUUUCUAUUGAAGAAGUGGAAGUGUCGCCACCUAAAGACCACGAAGUGCGAAUUAAGGUAGCAGCAAGUGGCGUUUGUCAUACAGACUGGUCAUACCUGUAUGCCUGUGAUAAAGGAGUGAAAGCUCGACCUUUUCCUCUUAUUCUGGGCCAUGAGGGAGCUGGAGUGGUGGAGAGUGUCGGACCAGGGGUCUCUUCUGUCUGCCCUGGAGAUAAGGUGGUCCCCUUGUUUCUGCCACAGUGUGGGGAGUGUGAGUGCUGCCGAAGCCCAAAGACUAACCUGUGUGAAAAAAACUGGGAGAAAACCCAACAGGGUGUGUUAGCUAAUGGUACGAGCAGGAUCACCUGUAAGGGCCAGCAGGUGAAUCAGUUUAUUGGUGUGAGCUCCUUCAGUGAAUAUACGGUGGUUCCUGAGCAAAAUGUUGCCAAAAUCCACCAAGAUGCACCGCUUCACAGGGUCUGUUUGCUUGGCUGUGGAGUGGCUACUGGAUAUGGUGCUCCACUAAACACAGCCAAGGUCGAGCCUGGUUCUGUAUGUGCAGUGUUUGGUCUAGGGGCUGUUGGGCUUGCUGCUGUUAUGGGUUGUAAAGCUGCCGGAGCCUCUAGGAUUAUUGCCAUUGAUCUGAAUUCAGAGAAAUUUGAAUUUGCUAAGAAGUUUGGUGCCACUGAGUUUGUGAAUCCUAAAGAUCACAGCAAAGCUAUUCAGGAAUUGGUUGUGGAAAUGACAAAUGGAGGAGUGGACUACAGCUUUGAGUGUGUAGGAGACGUCACUGUUAUGAGAGCAGCACUAGAGAGCUGCAGAUCUGCAUGGGGCACCUGUGUUAUUGUGGGGUGGACGGAAACUGGAGAACUGUCUUUGGCACCCACAGAUUUGUUAAUGGGACGAACGCUUAAAGGAACUUACUUUGGUGGAUGGAAGAGUGUGGAUGGGGUACCAAAGCUGGUGGAGGAUUACUUGAGUGGACAGUUGUUGCUGGAUGAGUUUGUAACGCAUACACUUUCUCUGGGGGAAAUCAACCAGGCUUUUGAGCUGCUGGCCUCUGGAAAAAGUGUCCGGACAGUGAUAAAUAUGUGAUCUGGAUGGUGAUUAAAAAAAGCUGAAGCUACAUUUGUGAAAUUUCAGUUAACCAUGGCAGCCUUACGAUUCUUCAUGACAACUGCAUUAAUCAUGAUGACAUACUUCUGACUUUAGAAUAAACCUGUAACUUGUAAGUAGUCAGUCAACAUGUAACUCAGAUGCUUAUAAGGAAAGGGACACGGGUACAAAGAACAGUAAUUGUUUUUUUUUUGUGAAAACUGAAAUUUGUAAUUUAAUAAAAUCCAUAUUUACAAAGGAAUAA